AUGCUCCUGGGUGUUUCAUGGUUAUACUAUGCAUUUCCCAUAGUUUACCCUGAUGCUCUGUUUGAGUUCUGUGGAGGGAACUUCACAGUGACGGGCCCGAGAGCAACUGCUGGGAUCUUUGCUACAUACCUGGCGCCAUACCUCUCAGUGGGAGGAGGCUUUCUGGACCAGGUGCUGGGCACUGCCUUGCUGCUGCUGUGUAUCCUGGCACUGAAUGACCGCAGGAACAGCCCGGCGCUCAGCGGCACGGAGCCUCUGCUCAUCGGCCUCCUCGUGGUGGUGAUUGGCAUCUCUCUGGGCAGCAACAGCGGGUACGCCAUCAACCCCGCCCGCGACCUUCCCCCGCGCUUCUUCACCGCCAUGGCAGGCUGGAGUCCUGACGUCUUCAGUGCUGGUAACGGCUGGUGGCGGAAACCUGUGGUGGUGCCCAUGGUUGGCAGUGUGACUGGCUCUCUGCUCUACAAAUUCUUCAUCGAGUAUCACCACCCGGCUGAGGAGCAUCAAGAAGAGGGGGGAGGCUGCUCUGAUCAAAAACACUGCCUUCGCUUUUAA